AAAAAAUUCGGCCACGACGAAACAAUCUCAAAAGAUGCGGUCGAAACAGGAGACACUUUGUCGGAUCGAGAGGGCUACGACCGCACCCAUGCACCUGAAGGUCAAAGGCACUCGACGAGACGGUCGCUUUCGCCAGCGAUCAGUGAUGGCAAAGGACGCAGUCUCGUUGAAGAAAGCACUUUUGUUGGUGUGGAAGCGACUGCGACGGGACAAGUUUUUAUUCCACCUACGCCUACAUCGGGCGCUAGAAGCAGCGAUCAGCAGAAGAAGACUGUUGUAGAGCCAGCAGAUGUUGAACCAGUAGUUGUACAACUACAAGAAAAGGAAAACCACCACCAGCAGGAACAGAGGGGUCAAGGCCGUACUCAG